GGCAUAUUAAACAAUAGGAACCCUUAAGCUGCCUUGAGAAAACACACGAAAUUUUACGCAAGCCAUGUUGUUAGACGCCGCCGAAUUAGCAAAACACAAUACACCAUCUUCUUGUUGGAUCGUGGUAAGCGGUAAGGUUUACGAUGUGACACCGUAUUUGAGAGAUCACCCGGGAGGGCCGGCUAUCUUGGUGAAGAAUGGGGGAACGGAUGCUACAGUUGAGUUCCGAGCAAUUCAUUCCCCGGACGUAUUGGAAUACCUGCCAAAAGGGAGCUACCUGGGUGAGAUAGACCCUGCAGCUCUAGCAUCACUCGCGAGGACAUCAUCAUCAAGCAAGCCAGUAACAACUUCGGUCUUACCCCCGUCCCCAUCUCCAUCCCCGCCACCAGGUUCAUCGUCGUCACCUAUUGCCGACGGACCGCCGCAUAUUGCACACUGCGUGACAGCAUUGGACUUCGAAGCAGCGGCAAAGGCAGUGCUCCCUAGAAAUUCGUUUUCAUACAUCUCGAGUUCUGCCAACUCCGGCCUUUCAUUGCAAGGCAACUUGUCUUCCUGGUCACGUGUCAGUUUCCGCCCCCGGAUACUCCGCGAUGUCCGGCACGUGUCCGCACGAUCGGCCAUCUUCGGUCACGUCACGCCCUUUCCCUUCUACGUAUCGGCGAUGGGCUUGCUCGGUCGAGGCCACCCAAACGCCGAAGCCGAGUUCGUACGUGGUCUAGCGCGCCGGGGGGCCCACGGCAUGAUCAGCAGCGAGUCUUCGCUGCCUAUGGAGGAAAUUGUCGCAGCGCUAAACGAUGAGCAGCAGAAGCUGUCAAGUCAAGCUGAGAGGACGAACCAGAAAGUUGAUUUUCCUCCCUCGCAGCUCCAUUUCCAGCUCUAUGUGCACUCGGACCACGCUGUCACGUUAGCUCGCAUCAGGCGAGCUAAGGCCGCCGGUUUUAAGAGCAUCUGGGUCACUGUCGACACGGCGACCCUGGGAAAGCGCACGUCAGACCGGCGAGUGCAGGCAGCAGAGGCGCUUGAGGCCGGGCUUGAAGAUGCUGCGGAACAGGCUGGAGUCGGAAGGAACACUGGGUUCUACCCGGCGAGGGGGCAUUUCCAGCCGUCACUGUCGUGGACAGACCUCGCAUGGAUCAAGAAAGAAUGGGGUGGGCCCCUUGUGCUUAAGGGCGUGCAGUGUGCCGAGGACGCGAAGUUGGCGCUGGAGAACGGGUGUGAGGGCAUCUUGCUCAGCAAUCAUGGUGGUAGACAGGCACACACGGCACCUGACGCGUUGACUACACUGCUCGAAAUUCGGACGUAUUGCCCGGAAGUAUUAGGGAAACUUGACAUAUUCGUCGAUGGCGGCCUACGCGACGGUGCUGAUGUCCUCAAGGCCAUAUGCUUAGGCGCGACGGCCGUAGGCGUCGGCCGCCCCUUUUUUUACGCGCUAGCGGCUUAUGGUUCGAAAGGGGUAGAAAGAUGUAUUGACAUUCUCUCGGAGGAGUUAGCCACGGGAAUGAGACUUAUUGGGGUUACAUCUCUUGAUGAGGCACAACCCGAUAGAGUCAAUGCUAGCCGUCUACUGAAUGAGAUGUGGCGUUCUGAGAAGAGUCGUCUUUGAAUAUUUCACAUAUAUGUUUAUAAGUAUAUAUUAGUGUUUAGAAUAAUCAAGG